AUGUGCGGUAUAAAAUGUCUUCUAUCUCUAACAGGCAUACCAUAUAUUUUGGAUCAUGGUUUAACACUUGAAUUACCUUAUGAACUGUCAGAAUGUGCUGAUCAAAAUGAAAAAAAUCAUGUUAAGCCACAACUAAUUCAACAAAAACUACCCAUACUUAUAAUUCGUCAUGGUUAUGAUUGUUAUGGGAUGCGUUCUUGGCGAAUUAAAGAGCGAACAAUUUUGGAUGAAUUAAACAAAUGGAUGAGCCGUUUACCAGUGGCAGAUGUGCAUGUUGAUCAGCAGGAGAAUACUUAA